GGCCGCAUGUUGCAAGGAUCUGUACACAAUUCCUGGAGGCUGAAAACAUCCAGUUCUUGCAAUUGUUGAGCAAAAACAAAAGUGUUGCGUUUAUAUUUUUAUUUAGUGUAAAAAUGAUUUAUAACAGUUUUUUUCCCUCUAUGUUGUGUCAUCUUUAACUGCAGUUAUUGUCUAUACUUUUUCUUGUUUAGCUCUAAUGAUCCCCAUGGAAGAGUGGAGGAAUUACUGUCAAUGAGAUGUAUUUAGUGAGCCGCCUCCUACACACUGACAUUGAACAGCUACUGCAACCUGAGCCCAGUUUAUUGAGUGUAUUGAUGUGUUUUCUCCUCCAGCGACUGGACAUCCGCAGCCUGUUUACUGGAUACAUGUUGACGGAUAAGGCCGUGUUAUUGAGCUUUCCUUGUCUAUAAGCACCAGUGAUGACUUUCUCCACAUCCAUUAAGCCUCAGACUAAAUGUUCCCUCUUUGCAGUGCAAACGAGGCAAUACCAGAAUGUAUGUUUUAUACCUAAUGUACACAAUAUAUGAUUGUUACAGCAUUGAUUCAGUCCCCUACUUAAAUCAAAUGGAGAGCCUAUUUGGCAUUGAUAUUGGCUGGUAAGCUGAAGAAUCACAAGCCAAUUAAAAGUGCCAAAAUGCACUUAUACUGAUUGUGUUCUAAGUGUUGUAAUCGGGAGUCUCAUCCAAAUGUCCGAGCCUUUGAUUUAUGCAUUGGUCACAGACAGAUAAAUGCCCUCCUAAACUGCAACUGGUGGUCCUUGGUUGUUAUGGUAACGUACACACUCUUAAAUCUGUGGCUGUGGUGUCCUCCUCUCUUUCUUCGUCUCUUUUCCUCAGAUUCAACCCUCUGAGGGCGUUGCAGCCCAAACGCCGCCUGCAGCAGUUACUGGCGCCCUCGCCCGCCCCGGUGCCUGCGGCGGCGGCAGGGUCAGGGGGGGCUGCCGCGGGGGCCUCGGCACCGGUGGCUAUCCCUGUGCCUCCUGCGUUUGACUACUGCAGGUUCAUAGAGCUAGACUACGUUCCUAUGGAGACUGACUAUAUGGUCUCAAUGCGCCAGACAAAAAGCCUUGCAUCGUCCAACUCACCGACUAACAAGUCUCCUGAUCGCCACAGCCGUGCAACAAACUCUCCCUCGACCCCCCGCUCUCGGCGGACACCGGCAGCGCCUAGCAAUAGAGAUCCCUAUGGCAACACCCCCCUCAGCAGCAGCAGCAACUCAGGCUCUUGUAAAGGCAGUGAGUGCAGCCCCACCAAAGGUCGUCACCAGAAAUACACGUCAUGUACGGACAACCAUGGCAUCCGGCCCCCUCCACCAGAGCAGUACCUCACACCGCUGCAGCAGAAAGAGGUGUGUAUCAGACACCUGCGGGCCAGGCUAAAGGAAACCAUCAACACUCUACAAGACAGGGACGUAGAGAUAGACGACCUGAGGGGCCAGCUUUACAAGAUGCAGGAGGACUGGGUUGAGGAGGAAUGUCACCGCGUUGAGACUCAACUGGCUUUGAAGGAUGCGCGUCAGGAGAUCCAGCAGCUCAAACAGGCCGUGGACACUGUUCGCGACAGGCUCAGUGAUGCUGGGGGGCUGAGCGGCGACAUAGGGGUCCAGAAGUACUUUCAGGACAUCAACACUCAGAACCACAAGCUUGAGAGCCUUUUGCUCAACAUGGAGCUAGCCCAGGCUCGAUUAGCCAAGGAGGGGGAAGCCAUACCAGGCAGUCGGACCCGUGUUGGAGGUUCUGCACCAGCAUCUGUAUCAGGGGAAAGUCCUGGAAUACCCAAACCGGCAGUAGGAGGAAGGGGGUCUUGUUCCUGCGACUGUUCUCCAGCCCGUUCUUUGACAAGGAGCUCCACCUACACUAAGCUGAGUGAUCAAGCCCUUGGGGACAGGAAUGGAAAUGGCCCGGACUAUCCUUGUUUGUCAGGUGAUGGCACCCAGGACAGUGGUUUUGUGUGUUGUGGGGAAAGCAACGUCACCAGCCGGGCCGACCUUCUGCUGGAGGCCGCAUUCCUCUCUGAAGAAACAGCAUCUUUACUCAACUCCUACGCACAGACCUUCUCCCAAUCUCUGCCCCAUUCUGUGCCCAACUCCCUGCCCCAUACUCUACACAACCCCCUUCCCCAUUCUCUGCCAAACUCAUUGCCUCACACCUUCUCCCAUACCUUGCCUCGCUCCUUCCCUCGCAAUAUGUCCCACUCUGUUCCCCACGCCAUGCCACACUCCUCCACCUAUGAGAAGCUGUGCACGGGCGAGCGGCUGGCAUCCCUUCGUUGUGGUCUGGGUGGAGCGGGCUGUAGGAGCCAUCCCUGCCUGUCCCACCACCACCUCUACCUGCACUCCUUGCGGGAGACCGGCAUUCAGACCGAAAGCUGCCCCAUCCCGGCAACGGCAGGUUACCCCUCUGAUCUGGAUACCAUAGCAGAGCAACGUACAUUCCGCUCCCAGGCCUGCAGCCCCACCUCCACCUGGAUGUCUGAUGAGGGCGAUGAGGAUCUGGACUCCAUAACCACCACAACUUCAAUAACCACCGCAACAAUGAUGAGUACGGCCACAGAGCCGAUUCUGGUCACCAAAACCCCACCGGUCCCUUCCUUACCAAGGUCUGCUACUGUAGCGUGCUCCAUGGAAAGUCCUCUUUGUGGAGAAGAUGUGGAGGAAGAGGAAAAGCAAGACAAGGAGAACAGAGAGAAGGAAGCUGUGACAACGGAACAACGGGAGGAAACAACGGUGGUCAGAUUGGCAGAAGAAGAGCAGCAGACGCAAGUGGGCUCAAUGGGAGGGAAUGAGUUGGAAGUUCACGGAACAGAAGAGGAUUUAACAGAAACAUCAGCAGGGAUGCAGGGUGAGUUUGGAGGAAGCUGUGAAGAAGUCAGACAGGUUGGGUCAACACUAGAAAACCUCAGCAUGGAAGACAGGCAGCAAGAAGUUGGUCUAGCAGCAGGAUCACCCCAGGUAGAGAAAGCCGAACUGAGUCCCAGUUGCUCAGGAUUACCACCAGACGUAGAACAGCCUCACACCUCACAGCCGAGGAGAUCCACUUCAGAGGAGAUCGCCGGUGUCACUGUGGUGGAGUUGCAUGAUGAGGACAAUGAUGAAGAUGAAGCUAAAGAACAAGGCGCAACAGGGGGAGCCACACCCAAGGAGGACGAGUCAUCGGACUCUGGGACAAUGGUAAAAACCUACUGGAGUCGUCACUUCCUGGUUGAUCUUCUGGCGGUGGCUAUCCCUGUGGUGCCAACCGUGGCGUGGUUCUGUCGUGGCCCCGCCCGUGGUGGACAGCCCAUUUAUCAUAUAGGGUCGCUGCUGCGAGGCUGUUGCACUGUGGCGCUGCACUCACUGCGCAGGGGAGGUGGGUUGAGGCACUACCCUGCAGGCGGGGGAGACAUGGGUGGAUCACAGAUAUAAGAGGAGAGUCUGGUCCGUCCUCCGUGGUCCUUAACUACAACCUCUCCUGUGUGGGAAUGGGUCCUUCACUUGUUGGAAGAUACCUGUAAGGAAAGUGGUAGAAACAACUUCCUGUCCUGCAUUCUUCAAGGUUAACAGCUAAGGGGAACAUCCGGGACAGGAAUUCUGCAUUUAUGACCUACAUCUCUAACUGGUUAGGUCUGUUCUGUUUGGUCCUAAUCCUUAUCGUCUCCCACCCACUGGUCCUUGCUGUUGCUACCAAGAUGUCUGCUAACACUACUGACUCCUGCAAAACUGAAUGAGCUGAUUAGAAUGAAUGACCUAUGCUUGAAUGUUUAACGCUGAUUGUUUUCUUUUUAAAUGCAGGGAAAUGCUAAAAGGUUCAUCGAUCUGUCAAUCUACCAGGCUGUCUCGAAAUUAAAAUGUUCUAAUGAUCUUAUGUAUGUAUACAAAUGUGUCCAUGUACAAAACUUCGCUCACUGACCAGUGAAGGGAGGAUCCACUCUAAUUCAGUCGUCACACAUGUCCUACUGUAUGACUGCAGACAGUUUUGUUUUUUUGGUAACACUUUAUAUUAAGGUACACAAAUUA